AUGGCAACGAAAACAGCCCCUCGAGCGGCCGCACCGCUUCUGAAUUGGUUCAAUUUACCGACGCUCCCCCACCCGCAACAUAUCAGUGAGGAGGGGUAUGAGCGGACGGAGCCAUCAGCUGGCGAUGUGGAGCCGACAAAGCAGCUGGAUGAUGCAAUGGACGGAGUAGGAGAUGAGCUUGAGGCGGAGCCAAAGCUGGAAGAGGCCGUCGAAGCCAUUGAGGUGGAAGAGGAAGGAGAGCCUCUGUUGGACAUUGCGGAAAGCCUAAUCUUCGCCCAGUCCCUCAGGCAGAGCCGCCAGCGACAUAUGCAGCGCCUGCUGCCCCACAUUUUCACCCACCCUCCCUUAUCUUCCCACAGCAAACCGCGCGCAAGGGGUCCACCGAGAUCCACCUUUCUCUACCCCACUCCUCCAGGUCCUACCGCUCCCUUACCGUACCGAGAAUACCACGGUCCACGUGGAGGCAAGACGGGAGGGGACCCUGCCAGUCCCGGUGCAUCCAGCCCCAAGCCGACCGAAGACGCCAAAUCAUCCUCCACAAUCCGGUCCCAAAUUCGCGCUAAACGCGCUGCGGACCUGGACGAGAUCGCGCCCGCACACGAGACGGAGUGUAUCGCGCGGGUGACUUUGACGGUCGGCGCAUUCUCGUACCCCGAGACGGAAGUCUGGAUUGGGCGGUUUGUUGAGCCGAGACCGGAUGCGGCGAAGGUGAACAAGGCGGAUAAGAGAGCGCGGGUCUUGGCGGGUGAAGUGGAGCCGCCAAAGAAGAGGGUUGUUCCUCCGGUUCCAAAGCCCAGCGCUGCUCCCGCGGGCCUAGGAGGAGCUGCUCGGCCCGUCAACCAGGUCCCGCGGCCAAUGCCACAGGUCCGCCCGGGUGCUAUUGCUCCGACCUCAGGAGCGACAGCGGGCUCGAGCACCGGACCGGGUACUGCUGCUCCAAGGCCAGCACUCACUCCCGAAGCCGCCAUAAAUCCUGACCUAAUCAAGAAAGUCAAUUCGGCUGCCGCGACUCGACCGUGGCUGUCUGACAUCAUCCACAAGGCGGCUCGAAAGCAAGCGAGCAAGGAGGAGCUUGCACGCCUGGGCCGAGCUGUUGGGCGGCUGAACAGAGGGGAGGAUGUGGAUGAUGGGGAGAGCGCGGUGGCCGGACCAUCGGGGACGGUUCCGGUAGCCGCUUCUGCGGUCCCCGCUCGUCUCACCGCCAAUGCCGAUACCACACGGAGCGAGUCUCCUCUGACUGACGAGGACGAGGAUGAUAGUGACUUGUCAGAUCUGGGAGGGGAGAUGAACGGGAAGGGGCCGCCUCAGGUCGGCGGCGGUGGGCCACCAUAUGGUCAGCCAGGCUCGGGCGACUCGGCCGGCUCUCUGGGCGGUAUCCGCCCGGGGGCUGUGUUUGAUGCUGGUCAGACCAGCGCUGGUCCACCCACGUCACCUCGAGUACCUAUGACAUAUCCGCAAUUACCGCCUUCUACCGCCACGCCCUACCCGAGACAGGCUCGACCACCUCCGCCUCCCCCAAUCUCAGGCUUCAAUCCCAUCCCACACAAUCCCUUUCCCAGACCACCACCCCUCACCUCGUAUGUCACUCCAACUUCAUCGUCGAUCCCUCCAUCUUUCGCUCCACAGCCCGCCACGGCGAUGCCACCGCCACCCCCGCCGCGUCCAAUCUAUCCCCGGAUCCCUCCCUUCCUCUUCAUCGCUUUCAAGGACGCGCCGACCGAGAAGUUUCUCAUCCCCCUUGGCGCAAACUCGUUCAUCUCCCGCGCAGGCGGGGACCAUGUAACGCAUCCUGCCCCCGUGGCGAAGGCGCCGCCACACCCUCCUCCAACUCCUCCUCUCCCCUCUCCUCAGCCAGUCGCGGCACCGGUACCGCCCACGCCAGCAGCGAUCCCUACCCCUGUACCGAUAGAAGUACCUGCCAUUGCCGCUGGGAAGGGUCGGACUAGGCAAAGUCUCGGUCGAGGUGCGAAAGAGGCCCCAACACCUCCUUUGACGAAGGAGGAUCCUGCGGCUCCUCCGCCGGACCCACCGGUUCCGGCACCCGCCGAGGAGCCCGCCCCCGUUGUUCCUCCUCCACCCGCCCGGAUCGUCGAACCCCCCAAGCCAGGGACGGUCAUACUAUCUACCCUGAUGCCGACUUUGGAGUGGGAGGAGCCGGACUGGCGAGAGCUGGAGAAGGCUCUGCCUUGGAACACUCCUGUCCCGCCCCGACCUCCACCUGUGUCGGCAUAUCCUGGUGGUCCUGGCUCGUCCGCCCCGGUUACAAGUGUUCCCGGUGGCAUGUACCCUCAUGACCCUACCCCGGGGCGUCCACCCGCAGGAUUGCCGAGUCACCCGGCACCAUCCUUGGUCCAAUCCCUCCCCAGGCCGGUUCUGAAUCUGGGUGCGGUCGAUCUCACCCCAGCUGAGGGAGACCUCCAGCCGAUGACAAUUCGUCUGAGCGGGAUGGAUGACCACGCUUGGUCCAGGAUGAAGCAGAUCGUGGACAUUGUCGAGAUGGCAGAGCUGGAGGUUCUGGGUCGCAAGGAGCCCGAGCUUCUGGUGGUCCCGGAAGUCACGGGGUUACCGGCCGCGAACUCGGCACCACCACACACCUCGCAACUCCCACCCUCAUCUCAGCCUCCCCACCCACUUGCCCUCCAGCAGGUCCGCGAGACAUACCUCACGCGCAAGAAGGCUCGAUUUGCCCGUCUUCUCGGUCGCGUUCCAUCCCGGUCCUUCCUGCGACUACGGACCGAGAGGGCCGACCCCGCGCUCGCCGAAGCUUUGUCGGAUAAGUGGGCGCCUCGUCCCUACACUAUCACCACCAAAUCCCUGUAUACUCGUUCUCCGCCGCCCGACGAUGGGCCAGAACUGGCAUAUGCCAAUCCGUACUCGCCCGAGAAGCCCGCAAAGAAGCGGAAGAGCAAUGCCAACGAGCCGGCGGUAGCGUUCGAAAUGCCAGUCUCGCUGGAUGCGCUGGACGAGAGGGUGGAGGAGGGCGCUAAGUUUGCGGUGGGACGUCGUAGAGGACGUCCGAGUGGGGAUAAGGCGCCAAGGAAGAGCGGAGCAGGCAGACCGCCCAAGUCGAGGGCUAGUGUCGGUGGCGAGAAUGGUGAAGAGGGAUCAAAGAAGCUGGGGUCUAGGUCCAAAGCGGGGGCUAUUUGUGAGGGGUGCGCGUCGACGAGCGUCAAGGUAUGGCGGAAAGGUCCGGGUGGGAAGGGAACAUUGUGCAAGGACUGCGGGGACGCCUACAAUGCGGGGACUUUGGGCCCGCUGGCCGCGCCGGGGGCGAUGACGGGGGUGAAAGCCGAACCCAGCGCAGAACCACCUACAGCGGAUUCGCCCUUCCCGGCUGAGCCGACCUCAAUGUCGCAUUCGAUGUCGCAUCCCCACCCUCGGCCAAGCUCGAUGACUGGAUCGGAUGCUCCUGCGCCGCCGCAUUUCGACUCCAGCUCGCACAUCAUUGCAACUCCGGCUACCGCUUCCGGCCAAGUGGCCGCCCAACUAUCGGCUGCUAGAGAAGAUCAGAUGUAUACGUCCUAG